CGAUACUUAGUCAGUCUUGUAACUGAAGUGUCCGCGGUGGUGCUCUGUGGUGAGUGAGUGGAGUGUUGUGUUAAAAAAAGUAAUUUUUUCAUAUUAAAAAAAAUAUUAAGUAAUAAAACCAAAACUUAAAAAAAAAAGUAUUUGUACAAAAACACACACAGAGCACAGAAAACAAAAAGUAAAAAUAUUAUUAUAACGUAAAGAAAGCAAGAAAGUCAUUAUCAUCAUCGUGUUGGAACGUUGUAAAAGUGGACGGCGGUUUUAAGCGCAUGUGUACACGAUUUCAAUAUUCAUAAGCUGUUAUUUAUUACGUAAAGUAAGCAUUCUACAUCAUCUUGCCUUCUUCAACAAACACCUAAACAAUUUUUGAAUUAUUAACAUUCAGAAAUCUUUAACGUUCAAUAGCAAUAACUCAUAUACUCGUCUACCUAGAAUAUGACAAAAGUUAAAAGAUGGAAUACACUGGCAGUGCUGAUAAUGGUGGCAUUAUUGAAUGUGGCAACAGCCUUCGAUAUAAGCAGAAUUACACCAAUAGCAGAUAGAAAUAUACGAACCGGAAAUAAAAUGCUAUACGAAAAGGAAAUCAAUGAAAGUGCAACAGAACUUCAAGCAGAUGCAAUGAAAACAUCCAGAAUUAUGGAGAAAAAUAUGUCUGAAGAAGGACAUAAUGUUGAAGAUGUUUUGGAUGUAAAUGAGAUACCCGUACGUUAUGAUGAGGCACAAUUAUGGCGUAUCUAUAAUAUAUCAGAUAAUAUGCGUCGUCAAAUGAUGCCAGUUGCUGAUAUAUUAGAAAAUAAAUAUGGUGGCACUGUUUGGAAAGAAAAUUCUAAAUUUUUAGAUGUUUCCAUUGAAAAGGAUAAUUUAAAAGCAGCUAGAAGUUUUUUACAAGAACACAAUCUUAUGCCAGAGAUUUUAAAUGCAAAUAUACAAGAUCUGAUUGAUAUGGAACAAAUGAUGGGCGUCAAUUUGACACAAAGCGAAAUGGGACAAAGAACAAAAAAAGCUGCACGCAGUGGCAUUCACUGGAAGGAUUAUCAUGACUUAGAUGUCAUUUAUAGUUUUAUGCGUGAAAUUCGUGGUAAAUUUCCUAACAUCUGUCGUCUAUAUACAAUUGGUAAAACUGCUGAAGGCAGAGAUUUGAAAGUUUUAAGAAUCUCCGAAAAUCCCCGUGAUUAUAAGAAAAUCUGGAUUGAUGGUGGUAUUCAUGCACGUGAAUGGAUUAGUCCGGCCACGGUCACUUUUAUACUCUACCAAUUGAUGUCAAAAUGGGCUGAACAACCCGAUUAUAUACGUGAAAAAACCUGGUACAUUAUGCCCGUUAUGAACCCUGAUGGUUAUGUUUACAGUCGCAAUGUUAAUCGUUUAUGGCGUAAGAAUCGUUCUCCUUCUAAACGUUCCACCUGUUUGGGUGUUGAUCUAAAUCGUAAUUUCGAUAUCGGUUGGAAUGGUUAUGGUUCUUCGAACAAUCCCUGUAGUGAUACUUAUCGUGGAACUUCACCUGGUUCUGAAUUGGAAACCGAUGCUGUGGUGAAAUUUUUAAGUAAAAGAAAAUAUAAUUUAGAAGCCUAUCUAACCUAUCACAGUUAUGGUCAAAUGAUGGUUUAUCCCUGGGCUUAUAAAGCCGUCAAGGUGAAAGAUGCUCCAGCAUUGCAGCGUGUAGCUAAUACUGCUGUUCAGCGUAUAGAAAAGAAAACCGGUUCUGUUUAUCGUGCCUCCGUUACCCAUGAAGUAUUGGGUAUUGCUGGUGGUGGUUCUGAUGAUUGGACUCGUGCUGCAUUGGGUACAAAAUAUGUUUAUACGAUCGAAUUAAGAGAUCGUGGUAAUUUUGGUUUUGUUUUACCACCAAAUCAAAUUUUGGAAACUGCUUUAGAAGGUUAUACCAUUGUCGACACCGUUGCCCAGGCUAUUGUUUAGUGAGGUUAAGUAACUCGUAUACGUAGUUUAUAGGAAAAAAUUAAUGCCAGUGUACUUUUUUUUCUUCUAAGUUAAUAUUCUUAUUUUUUGCGUUUAAGUAAAAACUGUAUUAGUAUACAAUAUUAUUUGUAGAUUUUAUAAGAAAAAAAAGAAUAAUUAUUUAAAUUAUUUUAAAUUAUUU